ACUUGUACAGGAUCGUUGUCUUGCCGGCUGCGUCCAGACCCAGCAUGAGGAUCCGCAUUUCCUUGUUCCCGAAGAUCUUGGAUAGCACCUUCCCCAUCGCACCGAAGCCGUCCGUCAAAGUAGCCCUCACUUUUUUCUAGUCUUGGGUUUGCUCCGAAACCCUGCUUUGGAACGUUUAAACUCCUUCUCUUUCUCUCUGAGCAGCACCGUGGCAGUCAGCAAAAACAAAUGCCUGAAAGAGGAGGCAAUCCAUUGCCUAAAACAACUUGGCACACUGGGAAAGCUCCAGCUAUGUUCAUUAUUAGAAACACUGGAAAAUCAGUAGUCACAAGGACUCAAGGAGCCUAAACUGCAUCUGAUGGCCUCACAGACUGUGUGUUUGAAGUGAGCUUUGCUGAUUUACAGAAUGACAAAGUUGCAUUUAGAAAAUUUAAGGUAAUUACUGAAGAUGUUCAGGGCAAAAAUUGACUAACUUCAAUGGCAUGGCUCUUAUCCUGGACAAAAUGUGUUCUGUGGUCAAGAAGUGGCAGACCAUGGUUGAAGCUCAUGUUGAUGUCAAGACUGCUGAUGGUUAUUUGCUUCGUCUGUUUUGUGUUGGUUUCACUAAAACCAGAAACAAGCAGGUACACAAAAGUCCUGUGCACAGCAUCACCAGGUCCACUGGAUCAUGGAAAUCAUGACCUGAGAAGUACAGACAAAUGACUUGAAGGAAGUGGUUACUAAAUGUUUCCAGACAACAUUGGGAAAGACAUAGAAAGGGUUUGCUAUUCCAGUUAUCCAUUUCACAGUCUUUGUAAGAAAAGUAAAAAUGCUGAAGAAAAUCAAGUUAGAAAUGAGAAAAUAAAUGGAGCUCCAUAGUGAAGGUUCUGGAAAAACUACUGGUGACAAGACAGGUGUUAAAGUUGAAUGAGCUAAUGGAUGGGAACCUCUAGUCCAAGAAUCUGUUUAAAACCCAGACUUUUAGUAGGGACAAAUAAAAAGUCCUAUUUGUGAGAGAAAAAGAAAAAAGAAAAAAAUCAUUUUCAUGUGUAAGUAUUCUUUGGUAACUUUAAUGAAUUCUUUUUUGAGGCAGAGUCUCUUGUAACCCAGCCUGACUUUGAACCCCUUAUAGUCAGGAGGCCUCCUGAUUCCACCUCCCAGGUGCUGAGAUUUGAGGCAUGACGCUGAGCCCACCUAUCAUAUCCUUUAAUGACUGCCCAGCUCUUAUUGGCUUACUUGGAUGAUUUACUCAUUAUUGAUUAUCAAUUUCUCUAUUCCUGUCAGGGGAAAAAAUUCUCUUUUUCAUGAAUAAAGCAGUCUAUCUUCUUCUUAACACUUGAAGAAUCUGAGGCAAAGAAAAGGGUGAGCAAGUUCUUAAGAUCAAUAAAUGAGCCAGGUGACGGUGGUGCAGCCUUUGUUCCCAGCACUCAGGAGGCAGAGGCAGGUAGAUCUCUGAGCUCAAGGCCAACCUAGUCUACAGAAUGAGUUCCAGGACAGCCAGGGUUACACAGAGACACUUUGUCUCAGAAAAAAAUCAAUAAAUGAUAAAGAGCAGAUUCAAAAUAAGACUUGGAUGUUUUUAUUUAUUGGGGGGGGUGCUGAUAAGACAGGGUCUUAUGUAACCUUCAUUCUGGCCCCUGAACUCAUGAUAUAGACAAAGCAAUCUUGAAUUCCUCUGAAUCUGCACCAAGUGUUGUGGUGACAGGCAUAUAUCAUCAGAGAUGGCUUCUGUUUUAUUUUUAAAAUCUAGGUCCCCAGACUGACCCCAGAAUCAAAAUCUACCUGCCUCAACCUUCCAAGUACUAAGAAAAUUAAGAUUUUUUUUUAAAGCCCAUGUCUGUCGUUCUUUUUUCUCUGUGUACUGAAUUACUGUAUUUAUGGUGAACUCGGGAGCUGACUGCACAUUGAAAUCCCCAGGAGCUUUGAAACCACACCCCAGAUCAAUGAAGACAAAAUAUCUGAGGGCGGGUGGAGGGUUGGGAUUUUUCCUUUCUUUUUAAGAAUUCUGGUCUUGUUUGUUUGUUUUAUUGAUUGGCUGGUUUUAGGAUUUUCACACUGUAGCCCAGCCUGUCCUGGAACCCAUGUGUAGCAUAGGCUGGCCUCAAACUCAUGGCAAUCUGUUUGCCCCAACCUCCCACUGCUAGGGUCACAGACAUGUACCACCACUCAUGGCUCAUGUUUAAGCUGAGUUUGAGAGUCAUGUGCAGCUGAGUUUGAGAACCACUUGAUAAGUUCUUACAUUCAAAAUGCUGUGAAGUUUGAAUGCCAUUUGCUAUCCCUCAUCCCUAAAAUGAUAGACCCUACACACAUCUUUUCAUAGUGUAAUCUGAGAAUGGAAUGUAACCUAUCAAGGUAGAGCUGUAAGAUAAAAGCUUUAAUCUUUCUGAAAUGCUUUUACUUAUAAAAUAAAGGGUUUUAUUUUUAAAUUGUCA